AUCGGAUUGGAUAACAGGAUGUGAGUUGAGCUGUUUUGGGGUGAGGCGGUGCGUUCUGGGGGUGCACAACUUUCUGCAUGUUUGCGCAGUUUUUGCAACGUUUCAUAUAUUGUGGAUAAACCGAAACACAGUAUUUGAUUUCGCAAGGCUCACAGGCAACGUGCGCAAACCAGCGGAAAUACCAGAGCAGGCCGCAGCAGGGCACCGUUUCCACACCUCCACUGUCUCCGUGUGUUGCUUUACUCGUUGAUGCAAGGGAGAAAGUUGUGGACAUUUUUUUUUUUUUUUUUUCCUCCUGAGGUGCACGGGUUUUUUUUUGGUUUUUUUACGGAUACAGUGUGCAACAUUGUAACUACAGUGUUAAUGAGCCUCUCCAGGCUAUGUGUUGGUGGGAUUGUCAAUGCGCCUGUUCGCCAUAUUGUGCGCCGUGAAACUCGAGGGAAAGUUGUCCGAGUUAUGACAUUUGCUGCGCACAAUCCCGUCCAUGGAGCUGCAUGCAGUCGACUUUGAUCGGAACCAAAGUGACUCCAUGGAGCUGGACAUGGAGAGUUCCGUGCACCACUGAUAAGGUCCGGCACCGUAAAGAGGAUGAGAAGAAAGGACAGCAAACCUCAGAUUUGGUUCUGAAAGGAGUUUGCAUGCUCCCCACCCUGCACUUUCCUUUGGGAUUUGUAUUUCCUCCCAAAUACCUCUGUAUACACAAUUGAACAAAUAAUUGCUCAGCCACAGGGAUUGAAAGCACACUACAGAGGCAGAGACAUUUUGCACAGAUCAAGAUUGAGAGCUCUGACUCCAACAUUACCUUAUUUUACUAUGAGUCUUCCUUCUCAAGUUAAUGCUGACAAGACUGGCAAGCUUCGGGCUGCAGCCAUGAAGGAGCCUGUGCAGCAUUCAGGGGAGGUUUAUUAUGGUAUGGGACCUCCGGCUCUAGAGUCAAGCCACAGUGACUCUCCUAGCAGUUCUGGUGUUUACAACCCCGAGAAAGGGCCUCCAAGUCAACCGCACUAUCAACAGGCUGCUCCAGUAAAGUGGAUGCACCAGGACUCCGUACAGGCCCCCGGCUGGUCGCAGGAAGCUCCUGUUCAAGCCUGGGGGCAGAACUUUGGCCCCUAUAUGAGCGGAGUGAAUGUCAGGGGUCAGAUGGCGUUCCACAAAGGAGUCCAUGAUGGUGUAGCUCUGCCAAUGGGGGGAGAAAAUCAACUGCCCGGACCUGUUGAGGUUUACAGAGAUGCCACCCAGGCUCAAACUCAGGGGAGGGGGCUCGAGUGGGAGCAGCACGCGGCGGCGCUACACCAGGCUCAGCUGCAGGCUUAUCAAAACGCCCACAAAGGCGUGGAGCUUCAGGGCAACAAGGGAAUGCCGAGUCUGGCGUACAGCGAGCAGCCUAAAACUCAACAGCAGCUGCUACAGCAGAUGCAGCAGCAGCAACAAAUGCAUCACCAUCACCAGCAGCAUCACCAGCAGUUGCAGCAGCAGCAGCAGCAGCAGCAGCAGCAUCAGCAUCACCACCUUCAGUUGCAACAGCGGCAACAUUUGCAGCAACAGCAGCACCAAAUCCAACAGCAUCAAAUGCAACAGCAACAACUGCAGCAAAUGCAGCAACAAUAUCACCAGCAACAGAUACAGGAGCGACAGCAACAAAUACAGCAAAUGCAACAGCAGCAGCAAGUGCAACAACAAAAUGUGCCACAGCAAGAAGCAACACAACCACAGUUGCAACCAAAUCAGCAACAAACCCAAAACUUUGUGACUUCUCAGCCUUCUGAGCCUGGUCCACCUAUCACUGCUCCUAAGAAGGAGGAUGUCCACUCGGUGGAGCUGCAGCAGGAACCAGAGACUCAAACCUGUGAUGCACCACCCGCUCCUGAUCUGUGCGCUGAAAAGCUCGCCAAAAAUCAGCCUUCAGAUGCUCAAGCUGCCCCUCGGCGUUCACGUCGCCUCUCCAGAGAUGGACAGUCCCCACUGGCCCCUUCAACAAACGUCUGGUCUCAAGCAUCCAAAGAACCUCCACCACCCCAGAAUGGAGUAGCAAGCACUCAGGCUGUGAAAGGAGGGGAAGUGACGACGGGAGGGGUCAUUCGUCGGAGAAGGAGGGCGUCUAAGGAGAUCAACUUGGAGACUCUGGCCCAGAAGGCAUCAGAAAUGGAGUGUCUACCUGACAAAAUGGUCAAGCAGGAAGACGGUUCUUCAGGCAGACAGGCCUCUAUGGUGCCUCUUGUUAUCCCUGUGUCAGUGCCAGUGCACAGGAGUCAUACAGAUCCUCAGGGUGGCUGGACUCAGGGACGACUCGGCCAGGGUGAGCGGCCUGCAGGACAUUCCGAACGCAAACCUUCUGUCAUUGUGGCCCGUCGGCGGUCACUCAGAAACCCCAUGACCGAGAGUUUUGGUCAGGACGGGGAAAGCAAUCCAGGGCUGGAUGAGGAUGGAAAAUCCAAAUUCAAGCGCCGACCUCGCCCAGAGCCUCUCAUCAUCCCACCUCACAAACCAUCCACCUUCAUCCCUCCAUCCCUCUACUCCAGCAUCACUGCCUACCAGAGCAACCUGCGCUCUCCUAUCCGCCUGCCGGACAACCCCCUCACCCUGCCCCCGUACACGCCACCACCCAUCCUGUCUCCUGUGCGUGAGGGCUCGGGGCUCUACUUCUCUGCCUUCCUGACCAACAUUGCUGCGAGCAACCAAAUCCUGCCACCACCGCCUACGCCCAAAUCUGCAACGCGCAGUCUGUUGCGCUCCACAAGUUCAGAAAUCACACCUCCUGUUCUGCCCUUGAUCACUGAUGCCACACCUGCUAGCCUUGAGCCACGUAUCAACAUUGGGCAGAAGUAUCAGGCAGAAAUUCCCGAGUUACAGGAUCAUCCUUCCUUCCAGUUUGACAAGCACAAGGCUGUCUUGGUUUGGAGCCCUAUGGAUGACUCCCACUUCAAACACGGUGACCGAGAGAGCAUGGAGGAUAUGAUGAACAUGGCCUGUUGCAGUGUGCUGAGGGGCGGAGGAACCAACCAGGAGCUGGUUUUACACUGUUUACAUGAGUGUGGAGGUGACUUCCUUGAAACACUGGGACGUUUGAUGCUUCAGGACCCAGUUUUCCCCAAAGGUCAUCUCCUGGCAGGUUAUCACUACUCAGGCUCCGACUGCUGGACUGCAGAAGAGAAGCGCUACUUCAAUAAGGGGAUCUCUGCCUACAGGAAGGACUUCUUUAUGGUGCAGAAACUGGUGCAGACCAAGACUGUGGCUCAGUGCGUGGAGUUUUACUACACAUACAAGAAACAGGUAAAGAUCGGUCGCAAUGGGAUUUUAACCUUCGGCCCUCCAGAUUCACCUGUGGAGAAGCACUCAGAGGCCGUGGUGGACAUUAAGAGUUCACAGCAGUCAAAAUAUAUUCAAGGAGAGGCGGAUGACGAUCGGAGGGAUGUUUCUUACGAGAGUAGCCAUCAGGCAAGGGUUUCUCAGUCACUACAGGCUCACGACUAUGCAGGAACAGUGCUGGUGAUCAAAGAACCGGACCCUGUGAACAAGGAGGCCCUCCACCCGUCAGCACCUCACAGGCCUCCAGCCGAGCCUGCAGCAAAGAAGAGCAGAGCACCGGCGAAGCCUCCGCCGGAUCCUGAUGCAGUAUUUCCGUGCAAGAAAUGUGGCAGGGUGUUUUAUAAAGUGAAGAGCCGAAGUGCUCAUAUGAAGAGUCAUGCGGAGCAGGAGAAGAAGGCGGCAGCGCUUCGUCAGAAAGAAGAGGAGGAGCAGGCAGCAGCUGAAGCUCGGGCCAGGAAGGUGGCGGUAGCAGCGGCGGCGGCGGCAGCAGCAGCAGCAUUUAGGGGAGGAAACGGUAACGGAGUGACGGAGGAGGGGGAGAUCAGCAGCCAGGAAGACUCAUCUGAGGGAGAGGAUGACAAGGAUGAAGACUGGCACUGAGAGACAAAAAUCAGGAAAGAAGAGAAACCAAUGACGAGAUGGAUUGAUGUGUAGAAAUGGAGGUCGAAUCAGAGGGAGGGAUGGAAAAAUGAUGUCCUGCCUCAUCGAGAGCAGAAUAAAGACACGAGUAGUGCUUUUAAAGUCUUCCUGUUAAUCUUCACACUCCUUCCCCAGCUGACGCUGACUGAGUGACUGUUAUCCACCAACCAGCCAGUCACACUCCACAUCUUCACACAUUUUGUAUCUUUUAAAUAUUCAGAGUAAGUUUAUUUUUUGUAAAUGCACUUAUCCCAUUUGCUUCUGCUUUUGCCAAUAUUGCCUUUUUAUAUACAUUAUUUAAUUGAAUUAAUGUCAAAAUAUUAUACAUUUUCAGGGCGUGGACUUAUGGUUAUAUGAUAUUUCAUAAGAUAAUCAGAAUGCCUGUUGAGCAACAAAUCAUCAAGAUCAAAGCUAUCUUUCACUUAACAGUAUGAGCUCUUUCAAAUAAAGAUAGAGUAAGAGCUUGUAUUUAUCUUUUUCUUAAGAAAAUACUGUGGUGAGUUUUGCAGAAUUUCCACCAGAUUUUUAGGUUGGUUGCACACUUAUUUUGUACAACUAAGGGACCUUUUUGAAAUGAAUAUGUACAAAAAUAUAUAUAUGAGAUGGCCAUAUAUUUAUGAUACUGCAUUUUUUGCAAUGAUUUUGGUAAUAUAAAAACUAAUCAUGUCAGCUGCAAUAAGACUUGUGAAUUGAAAAGUUUAUUAAAAUCUCUA